AUGAUGAACAACCCGGUGGCUGAAGCUAGAUACGAGGAGACUGGAACAUGGGUUUUUUGGGACAUUGAUGAGUGUCCGGUUCCUAGAGGUUGGAAAUCUCAAGAAAUCGCUCAGAAAAUAAUCUCGGCGCUGAAUAAGCUGAACUACUGUGGUCCACUCUCCAUCUCUGCCUAUGGAAACAUGAAUCACAUUCCUUCUUCCAUCAAACAAGCUCUCUCUUCCACUGGAAUCGUUCUUAAUCACGUCACUCCCACUGGUAGUGGUUUGGGUCGCUUAUAUAUGUUCGAUAAAAUGUUGGAAUGGAAACGGGAAAUUCCACCGCCGGCUAAUCUAAUGCUCAUCUCCCGUGAUGGAGGUCUCUGUUAUCUUCUUCGCAAUCAGAAGGAAUACAAUAACACUCUUCUGGCACAUCCUCCACAUUCUUCAGACUACAUGCUCGCUUCUGCAAAAACCAAAUGGCUCUGGAAAAGCAUAUUGGAAGAACCAUUAUAA